AUGUUCUCAGAUUGCAAUGAUAUUAUCCUUCGUGCACAGCAGUCUAACCUCUUUGAAUUAACAUCAUCACAUUUUCCAAAACAUUGUUCACAUAUUAGACAAACUCCGUUUGUUGGUCAAAGAUUACGCUCUCUGAGUACUUGCUUGACACCUUUAGUUAUCCCUUCAGUUAAUGAUUAUCUAGGAAUAUCAUCGACUGUAUGCAUCUCUCACCAUACUCAUUAA